UUGUUACUCCAUUAACCGGCCGGGCCGAACGUUUAAUUAAUCUAAUCUAAUGAUAAGUGAUAAAUCGCGAAAAUGAAGUGUCUUUGCCUCUUCCUGGCUUCUGCGGCCCUUGUGCACGGUUACUCGAUCAGGGACAAUGAAAUUCAGACAUCUCGGUUACAGACAAGUGAUGAUCUCUUGAAUAGUGUUGUUAGUGAUUGUUUCGCAGCCGAUUCGCCGAUGUCAUGUCUCAAAGUGAAAGUCCUGUCGUUCUUGGACACGAAGCUCGGUGUGACUGCGGAAUCUGCGAGGGCUCUGGAUGAGAAGAACAUCGACAAAGUGAUAUUCGACCGUGUUGGGCGCAUACUGAACACAAACGAAUUCAGGUUCCAACUGCCUGAAUUCUUAUUAGAAGGUGCUGAAGUUUCAUACCGUGCUGAUAGAGGAUUAGACGUCGAUUUCCCUGAAACAUCAGAGAAUGGUGAAGCCCGUGGUAUCUUGAAGAAGAAACUUCUCUUGCCAGUUCUUCUCUUACUGAAACUGAAGAUGAAGGCUCUGAUGCCCAUCCUGGUCACCAUCGUCGGCAUCAAGGCAAUUAAGGCUCUAAUCCUCAGCAAACUCGCCAUCACCCUGGUUGUUGGAUUCUUAGUUUACAAUUUAAUUAUGAAGAAAGGAGCUAUGCCAAUGAUGAUGGCUCCUCCCACUGAAGGCCCGCCAGCUGCACAAUACGGCCCACCAGCCUCCCAAUACGGCCCACCGUCUACCCCAGCACCUCCUUCCGACUCGUACGGCCCACAAUGGGAGCCUUCCUCCUCUGGCCCCUACUCCAGAGUCUGGGACCCAAGCCAACUAGCCUACAGCUCCUACUUCCCUGGGGACAGCUCCUCAGCCUCCAACCAAUCACCAAGCUACUCCAGCGUAGCUUCAAUCUCAUCAUCAUCGUCAUCAGCAGCCACCUAUUAAACCUGAUUACCUCAUUACUCUUGUAUAUAAUAACGCUCACGAAACGAAAUGGUAGAGUUUAGAUAGUUUAUUUAUUGACUAUUUAUUAUUUAUUGUACACAAUAA